AUGGCGGCGGCGGGCGGCGGUUCGGCGCCGCGGUUCUGGGUGCUGCGCUGCUGCUUCUGCCGCCGCUUCCAGGUGCAGCAGGCCAAGCGGAGCGGGAAGUGGAGCUGCUGCGUCUGCGGCCAGCGGCAGACAGUGCAGAAGAUUUACGGCCAAGGGUCUGGCCGGGACUGCAGGCACCACGUCCAAAAAUUAAACUUGCUGCAGGGUGAGGCAGAGGAAGCAAUUGGCUGGACAUCUUGGGGCACAGAAGACUCUGUAGAUGACAGCAAAAAUGUAGCAGCCCAAUGUGAAGACAGUUUGGUACAGCAGGAGGGAAGGGCAGAAGUCAGUCGCUGGAGUAAAUAUCUGGACAAGGAGAAUGAAGAUGAGGAGGAAGAGGCAACUACAGAAAGGCAGCAGUUCUGUUCCCAGAGGAAGAACACUGUGGAGGGACAGAGGAAACACCAGAAGGGCUUUCUCCUCAGUGAUGGUCAGGAGCAUGCAGAAGAAAAUGGAGUUUUCCAGCUUGCCUGCCAAGCCAAAAAGCGCAGGAAAUGCUUGGCAGCAGUACCUGAUCGAGAUGAUGGAGAUGCAGUUUCUGAAGACACAUUGGUUCCUGCUCUCUGUGAGUCUGUACUGCCUGAGGAGACUACACAAACCUCAACUGCUGGUACAAAGCCCUCCAAGUGGGACAAAUUCCUGUCCUAUUCUGACAGCUCUGGCAAACAUGCUGCCAGGGCCCCCCUGCCACCACAGGAGGGCAGUGGAAGGUUGGGGCUACACAGCAUCACUGCACCAGAUGCUGAUAUGGCCAGUAGGUGCUCAGAACAAACUGGAAGAACUCUACCUCCAGGUACAGGUUUUCAGUUUAAGAAGUGUGUUGUUAGCACUCAGCAGCUUGCCUCAAAACUGCCUGGCCCUGUGGAGCCCAGCACCAGUGAUGAGUUUGAUGAUGAUCUCUGA